GAUAGGCGAGGGUCCCUUUAUCAGUACUGACUCAGGACAGUUGUGGGGGGUCCGAAGCAGCUAAUUUUUUUUUCUCUUGGGGGAUUUUUUUUGGGGGGUGCAAAGGCAGGAUCUCCUGCCAUUUCUACUCCACUGACGGGUGGGCGGGUGACUUCAGAAACAUGGAGUAGCAAACCCGGGAGCCUGUGGCAAGCACGUCAAAGAGUUCGGGUCCUAGAAGAAGAAGAGGGCAGAAAUAACCAUCAUGGUCUCCAAACUGACUCAUCUUCAGGUGGAACUACUGGGAGCGCUGUUGGAAUCUGGGCUCAGCAAGGAAACGCUCAUCAAAGCCCUGACUGAGCCAGACCCCUACCCACACCUCAGUGAAAGCCAGCAGCCUGGCCUCGGCGCAAUCCAAGUAGAAAAAGGAGACCCCUGCGCAGAACUCCCUGCUCUUUCCAAUGGAAUGGGGGAGUCUAGGAUGUCCGAAGAGGAAACCUCCGAUGAUGGAGAAGACUUCACUCCGCCAAUAAUGAAGGAGCUGGAAAACCUGAGCCCAGAAGAGGCUGCGCACCAGAAAGCUGUGGUGGAGAGAUUAUUACAAGAGGAUCCAUGGAGGGUAGCUAAGAUGGUGAAGUCCUACCUACAGCAGCAUAAUAUUCCCCAGCGGGAGGUGGUGGAUACCACAGGCUUGAACCAAUCCCACCUCUCACAACAUCUCAACAAGGGCACACCCAUGAAGACCCAGAAGAGGGCUGCCCUCUACACCUGGUAUGUCCGCAAGCAGCGAGAGGUGGCCCAACAAUUCACACAUGCUGGCCAGGGUAUCCUAGUGGAAGAUGCCAUGGGAGAAGACCUCCCAACAAAGAAAGGACGAAGGAAUCGCUUCAAGUGGGGCCCGGCUUCGCAACAAAUCCUCUUUCAAGCCUACGAGAGGCAGAAGAAUCCUAGCAAAGAGGAACGGGAAGCCUUGGUGGAGGAAUGCAACAGGGCAGAGUGCAUCCAGCGUGGCGUCUCCCCUUCCCAGGCCCAGGGGCUGGGCUCAAACCUAGUGACUGAGGUCAGAGUUUACAACUGGUUUGCCAACCGCCGCAAGGAGGAGGCCUUCCGGCACAAGCUUGCCAUGGACAGCUACAGCGGGCCACAGCCAGGAACUUCCUCACUCCAAUCAGCAGCGCCUCUCUCACCCAGCAAGGUCCACGAGCAAUCUCCCCUGCAGCAGCAGCAGCAGCAGCAGCUCUCCUUUUCUGACUCUGGCAUGAGGUACAACCAACAGCCUGUCAGUGAGACAGAUUCCUCAAAUGGAAACCAGCAUGGAGGGAAUAAUUCCAUUGUGACCACGCAGACUAUCCUGCACCAGGCGGCUUCCCCUGGUCUGUGCUCAGCUGGUUCUGUCUCAGCUGGAGAUGCAAAGCUGAUCUCAGCUCCAGGGGGCUCUCUUCCCCCGGUGAGCACCCUGACAGCCUUGCACAGCCUAGAACAAAACCCACACAUGCUGAGCCAACAGACUCAGAACCUCAUCAUGGCAUCGCUCCCUGGUGUCAUGGCCAUUGGGCCAGGAGAUACGUCUUCGCUAACGCCAGCCUUCACCAACACGGGGGCCUCCACCCUGGUAAUUGGCCUCGCCUCCACGCAGGCCCAGAGCGUCCCCGUGAUCAACAACAUGGGCAGCAGCCUCACCACCCUCCAGCCUGUUCAGUUCUCCCAGCAGCUGCACCCGUCUUACCAGCAACCGAAUAUGCAGCAGGUCCAAGGCCACCUCAACCAGAGCCCAUUCAUGGCCACCAUGGCCCAAAUCCAGGCUCCUUACGCUCUCUAUGGCCACAAACCAGAGGUGGCCCAAUACGCCCACACCAGCCUCCUGCCACAGACCAUGGUGAUAACAGACACAGCCAACCUCAGUGCUUUGGCCAGCCUGACGCCGACCAAGCAGGUGUUCACAUCUGACUCUGAAACUCACGCCGAGUCUGGGAUCCACACACCACCAGUGCAGGCUUCCGCCAUACACCUGCAGAGUGAAGAUGCCACCAUUCAGCACCUCCAGCCCAGUCAUCGCCUCACCUCUAGCCCUGCUGUCUCCUCAAGUAGCCUGGUGCUCUACCAGAGCUCCGACUCCAACAGCCACAGUCACUUGCUACCAUCAACUCACGGCGUGAUAGAGACUUUCAUCUCCACUCAGAUGGCCUCCUCCACUCAGUAACCUCAGAGACCAAUGGGGAGCUGAUGUCCGAUGUCCCAAGCAUAGAGACGCAUCAUUCACCACUAUUCACCAGUGCUGGCUGGCCUGAUGCUGCCAUGGGGAGGGAAGGCCAGCCAGCCAGCCAGGUGUCUUCCUUCUCCUGCCCUACCUUGUGCAAUCCCUCAUCUCACACACCCCGAAGCCUUGGGAGGAGCUUGUGCCAGGGAGAAAUAUGCACGCAAGGCUGGAGCUAGCAAUGCCAAGAGGAACUGUUUGCCUUUUGCAAAUGAGACGCCAAAAAUGCUGGGCGGUGCCCUUUGAUCUGCCGCCAAACUGCCUUCCUUUGGGACAGGAUGACCACAGAAGCUGCAACCCAGCUUAGACCAAUUCUCUUUCAGCAGGGCGGGCAGCAGCCCUGCAGGGAGAGGGGAGAAAGGCUGGGCUCCAGCAGCAAGAGAUGCAUUGGUCUGCAUCUGGGCCAGCAUGUUUGGGCUGCAGGGAUGCCCUGUGCAGGUUAAGGCCAGCCUCCGCUUCAUGCAAGAAAGGAAGAAGAAUGUGCAUCCUCUCUCGCAAGGGCAGCAGAGCAUCCCACACAGAUGGCUCCUGUUUUUCUCCGUUGAGAGUCAAGCUUGCAGUGGGUCAAGCUAAUGCCCUGAAGGUUAUCAGGAAGGAUUCAGCUGCUCAGUUCUGGCCAAAGGAGGAAAAUGGGGAGGGGGCAAACCAGCCAAGAGGUCGGAGGCAGUUAGGUGGUGAGAAUCCCUGGACCCUACAAAGUUGUCUUUUCAUUGGGGUGAGAAACUAGGAGACUUUGCCCUCCCUGGCCGCAAAUUGUCUCUGCGGGAGCCAAGUGUGACUCCUUUGAUAGGAAAGGAAAAUAGAAAAAGGUACAGCUUGCUCUAGAAUAGCCUUUAACAAGGAGAAUGUUUGAUACAGGAAGUAUUUUCAGAAGUUCGGUUUUAUAUUAAAUCAGGGGUGGGAAGCCUUUUUCAGCCUGAGGGCCACAUUCCCUCAUGGGCAACAUUCUGAGGGCCGCAUGCUGGGAGGGGGCAGAGGAAAAAGCGGGUGGAGCAACAGAAGUCGCUCUUUGUUUUGUACGGUUGGCUACAUUCCACACAGAGGUUUGUGUUCUCUCUCUCUCUCUCUCUCUGACACACACACACACACACACACACAGAGAGAGAGAGAGAGAGAGAGAGUCUCUCCAUCCAGGCAGGAGGCGUUGUCACAGUCCAGGGACACGUUCCAGCCAGCCGAAAGCACUUGGGGAGGGCUUUGGGCGGCCUAGGAAGGAUCCUGUGGGCCUGACAGAGAGGCCUCAGGGGCCACAUUUAACCCCUGGUCCUCUGCAUUAAAUGAUGUACAAGUAAGAAAUGAGCACAGCUGUGAAACACAGAGUAUGGGUUCAGGAGCAGCAUCUCCCAAUGCCUACUGUAUUCUAAGAAUCUCAUCUUCCUUUUACAAAGCAAGCAAACCAAGUUGCCAGUCCUGAUGGUAGUAAAAAACAAACCUCCCCAACCCAAAUCCAAAUAUGAUGUGAGCAGUUUCCACAAGUUGACCCAAGCAAGAGCUUUGCUGACUCUUCGAGUAGCCAGGGAGUAGGACUUCACACAGGCAGCCCCAUUAUCUCCAGAGCUCCCUAAUCCUACGAGCCCCACACCUACUUUCCCAGUCUGUGCAUAACCCCAAGUGCUGCAUUAACACAGCCUAAGUAAUACACUUUACACAUAAUUUGUACCACUUACAGAAUUGGUUAUUUCUGACCACGGGGAGUUACGUUUUUGCAGUAUAGGAUUUUAGCCUCUUGCCCACCCACACCUUAUUUCUUGUGGUUCCGUUUUGAAAAACACCCAAUAGCGAGAGACACCACUAGCAUCAGGAGAGGGAGGACUGAUGUUUGCCUACGACUCCCAUCAGAAGCACCUCACACCUUCCCAUCCAAAUUAGGCCAGCUCCAAAAUGCAGAAUUCAGUUUUCCUUCCCGCUGAAUUUCUUGGGGAGGAUGACACCUCUUGGUCUGGGGAUAAUAAGUUUCUUAACUGCUGCAUCAGAGCAGGAGAAGCCAAGACCUUCCUGGUGCUAAAAGGAAACCAAAAUUGUCCACAGCCAAGUUGCUGGCAGAAAAAGAAGAGGAAAAAAUCCUGUCCAAGCACUACAAGUAGUAAACGGGCAUCAAAUUAUACCCACCCAGAAGAGACAAGUACCAUUCCUUCAUACCAUGAUGUGCUUAUUUGGAGCCUGGACAAUCAGUGCCAGUCAGUCUCAGGAGUGAUUCUUCUUCCAAGCUGGGCCACUUACAGCCACUUGCAGACCCAGAAUUUAUUGCCUGUUUGGCUCUAUCUUGUAAAUAUAUUUAAAUUUCCAAUAAAUCAAACAGAGG